UCAUCCUCAUCAGCAAGAAACAUGGCGGAAGGGGACAGCUCUUCUGGGAUCAUAGUUUUCACUCUGUGGUACCUCGCCAUUGCUUUCGGUUACGCCAUGGAUAAUUUCUUCAAACCUAAAGAGAGAUAUGAAAGCGAAACAAAUACAGAAGUUUUAUCUAUGGACGAGAUAAUACCGAAAAACCAAGAUGCGGUCCGUACUCCGUCAUUUUUCACCGCAGUCCCGCCUUUAUUCAACCCACUUAACACAACGGUAUCCGAUACUGUGAAUGAACCAGAACCAGCUCAAGAAAUACCCAGUGAACCUCAGAGUCCCGAAGUGAUGGCGGUUUCAGAAGAUUCCUUCGUGGAAGCAACACCAUUACCUACGGAGGAGCAUGAACCUAUUACAGAGAUAAUUGCCGAAUAUGUUGCUGAGACCAAUGGUAUGGAAGAAACGAUUGGAAAUUUUGAAUCCAAUCAAGAGUUUCUCCACGAGGAAAUACCUGAGGCACAAACUGAGGAGGUUACCGAACACGUCUUUGAUAUUGGAGAUUGA